GGGGAGAAAGAAAUCAGAGAAAGAGAGAGAACGAGAGAUUUGGGAGGGAAAAAUGGCUGAUUCAAUUAUCAAUUCAUUCCUUCAAAUGAACUGAGUCAGCGUAUUUAUACUGCUCAGUUGGGGAUCGGUGCCAAAACGGUUGCCAAAUCCCUUCUAGAAUCAGCAACUUGCCUAACCACUUGUAAAACAACUUCGCAUUGCUGGAACAUUCCUCCAGCAAGCUAAUUCCCUCCAAAAAUUAAAAACAUAGCUACCAAAAUAUUAAAGACAUAGCUACAAAAAUAAGGCCCAGCAGCUAGGUACGUGACAGCAGCUUAUGAAUGAAAAUUGAAUUCUGUUUCUCUCUCUUGUUUCUUCUAAAUUCUCCUUCCAUUCUUCUAAAAUCCUCCCUCCUCCUCAUGAUUUCUCCCUCCCUUUCUAUUCUCUCACGUCCAUUCCCUCCAAAUUCCAUUCUCAACCCUCAGUAAACUCCAGGAGUGUGACAUUUGGCACCAGAGCCAAUCAAUCCUCGGCUGUGAUUCCAGCAAUUCUUGCUCUAAGAAUUUGGGCAAAUUCAUUUCAGCCAAUUUCCAACACUUCUCUGUGGAUUAAUUUCCAAGAGUUUUUGACGCAAUUCCAAGCAACAGAGCAAAUUGAAAUUAUCAGCAGGCAGUAGAAGCAGUUUCAGAGGUGAUUCAGAUUUGAAGGCGAAGCAGAGUAGGCGAUGCUCAGGAACAGAACUGAUCGAGUAUCAAUCCAGGACCAAUUGAGUCAUAAGAAGCAGUCGAGCAGACCUUGGCCUUCAACUUCUCCUGCUCACUAUUAAUUUCUGUUGGUUCUCAGUGAAUUCUCAGAUUGCAACAGAACCAACGACUUCUAGCGGUGAUUCCAACGAUCCAGGCAAUCCAGGCCACUUCUAUUUGCUGCAACAGAUCCGAUCGAACUCUCAGGAAGUUGCAGUAGAGCAGAUCAAAGAGGACCUGACAAUUGCUGAUCUCAGGCGAUCCUUGGAAGUAGAUCGGCAACAAAUUUUGAGGUUAGAUCAAAGCAAUUCCUGGAAGCAAUGGCAAAAGGCAGAUUAGGCUCACUGAAAAUUAGAUCCAGGUUCGAUUAGAAUUUGGGAGCAGAUCAGAAACAAUUCUUUGAAGGAAGUGAAAUGGCGGAAGGCACAAGGAUGAAACAGCUUGAGUUGAGGAUGGAGGUGUUGGAACUGGGGAUGAUACAGACUCAAGAGGCCGUGAUCCACAGCAGGGAGGAUAUCUCGGCCAUAAGAGAGAACGUGCGAGAGGAUCUCGCUGCAUCUCAAGAGAGUAUGCAGAGGAAAUUAGAGGCACCGGGAGACGAUGGGUCAAUAUGGCCAGAGAAUAGACGGCGUGUUCAAAAUGCUGUCGACAUUACUGCCUCAAUUUUGUUUAUCAGCAGAUUUUCUGCCGAGGUCUGUUUCUGAUCCAAUCUUGCCUUGUGACGGAUUUCUUCAUUGAGUUUCCAGGUUGGAGUUCCCACCGAGAUCCACUUCUGAUCCAAUCUUGCAUGGUGAUGAGAUUCCUCCCCGAGCUUCAGUUGAGGAAUUACCAAUUGAAGAGCCAGCAGUCCAGAGGCGAGAGAUUUUUUCAGCAUUACAAUAUACCAGAAGGACAGAGGAUUAACCUUGCAGCAGCCUAUCUAAACGAUACUGCUGAUUCUUGGUAUCAAGGCUGGAAUGAGAAGAGGAGACGGGAGGCCAAUUGGACUGAGUUCGUGAAGGAUCUAUGCGACCGGUUUGGAGAGAAGACAAUGACCGACGUGGUUGAAGAAUUUAACAAACUUCAGCAAGACGGAUCUGUGACAGAGUAUCAGAUCCGGUUUGAAGAACUAAGGUCUCUAAUGUUGAAUUCCCAGCCUGCUUUAACAACAGGGCACUACUUUGUUUCCAGCUUCAUUAGCGGCCUUAAGGAUGAACCAAGGCCAAUUGUAAAAAUGAUGCAGGCUGCUGAGAAGGCAAAGCUACAGGAGCUUACAUUGGAAGCAAUUUUCAAUAAGUACACAAUCUCAAUGGAAAUUCAGCCUUUGUUCUAUCAACCAUUGGAAAGGAAUCAAGUAAAUGUGAAUUCUAAGGUUUAUCCAAAAUGCAGCUAAAUCAUCUACUAUGGAGCAAAGAAGAAGGUUAGGAUUAUGUUAUAAUUAUGGAGAUAAAUUCAGUCCCAGCCACUGAUGUCAAAGACAGUUACUGAAUAUGGAAGGAGUAGAGAACAAAAACGAAGAAAAGAACUAGCGGAAAUUGGGUGACGAAAAAGGAACAAUUGUAAUAAGUUUCUUGGGAACAAGAAACCUCUCAAGGUGGGGAGAGGGAGGGGGUGGGGAUUGUCACAACCCCAAGGGCAUAGGAGUAAUUGUUCUAUUGCAUGUAUUUUUCUUUGUUGUACCUUAUGUUGUUGUAGUAUUGUACCUACAGUUAGUUAUUAACUGAAAGGAUGUAAUAGCCUAUAAAUAUGCUAAAAAAGGAGAGAAUGGCAGCUUAUGAAUGAAAUUUGAAUUCUAUUUCUCUCUCUUGUUUCUUCUAAAUUCUCCCUCCAUUCUUCUGAAAUCCUC